AUGGCAAACUCACAAUCCAAUCUAGCAAGUUCUCAACGCCCAUCAGCGACAAACACUCAGGCUGGACCCAAUUCUCCGAGUUGCGGGACCUCGGAGUCCAUUGGGACGGACACUCAGGAGGUUGCCCGGCUCAAGCGGACCAUCGCCGAGCUCCAAGACAAGAAUGGGCGCAUGCAGGCUGAGCAGGAAGCGAGGGAUAAGCCCAACCGUGAACGAGUGUUUGUCUCCCUUGGCCGUGCAUUCCGCCGUCUUGUCUCGCUCUAUGAUGACCCACGUGUUCUCGUCAAUGAAUUUGACAAGCGCGCUGAGGCGGAUGAGCUGACGGAUGAUGAAGACGAAGAUCACCCUGCGUUCCGUGAUGUGAAUUCCAUGAAUACCGGCGAGUUGCACGCUGAUCGCACCUAUCAUGGCUACAAGGCAUUGCACUCCCAUAUUCCUGAAGCAAUCAAGUACCUCGAACGUGCCGAUGUCUCGCCGUCAGACAUCAAUGUGAUGUAUAAGACGAUCAAGGACAAUGGCGACAAAGCGCGCGCUGAUGACACAUCGACGUUGAAACAGAGUGUCGUCUAUUGGAUUCAGCAGGUGCUUCCGAACGCACCUAGGACCGCCUUGGACCGCCUUCUCUCGCAUCCCAGAUCAAAGGACGUUCGCGGCCUCCAGAACGACGCUACUGCAGAGCUACUGUGCCCAGUAGACUGGGAUUGGGGCAAUGAAGGGGUUCGUAACAAGGUUAAGGAUCGCAGCCCCGAGUAUCAAAUCACAAGUGCCGAUUUCCCGAGGUUCUUCUUCUCAAUGAAGGACCACGACCCUGAGGAUCUAGAGAAGACGCUAUUUCGCGGUCCUCUCCUCUUGAGGGCCUUCAAAUGCAUCUACACGUCACCGAGCUCUGCUAUGGACUUCGGGCUCAACAGUGAGGACGAGGACAGUGACGAAGAUCAGGUGAUCACCGUUCAACCGCCCUGCAAAAGGCAGCGGAUGCUCAAGCAGCCGACUCGAUCAUCGGUGGCUGAGAUCCUGAACUUGAAGAGAGUGACCGGCCGCUCAAUCGCAUAUGUCUGUGUGCAGGUUCACUUUGCGCUCAGUGAUCUAGGUCAAUGGAGCCGAGACGUCGCUCAAUUUGAUUACGAAGCUUUCUAUUAUGGUAUAGUGGACUACUUCGAGCGCCCUCCCGGUCCUCAGGCGGAGGCUCGGGCCAAGGUAUUGCUCCAAUGGUGGACCGAAGCCAUCUUUGGCAAGGCCCGUGCAGAUCCCAGUACGGCUUCAGCUGCGGGUUCCGUCUCAAGGCUUGCAGCCCAGCGUCUUGCGAAGGAGGCUGCCUCGUAA